AUGGUUGUGGAGCUCUACAUGGACCUGCUCUCCGCGGCUUGCCGCGCCGUCUACAUCUUUGCCAAGAUGAACGACAUCUCCUUCGAAUUCCAAUUUGUGGAUCUGCUCAAAGGUCACCACCACAGCAAGGAGUACUCCGAGAUCAACCCCCUGAAGAAGCUGCCCAGCCUCAAGGAUGGAAAGUUUAUCUUAUCCGAAGGCACAGCCAUCCUCUGCUAUCUGUGCCGCAAGUGCAGCGUGCCCUCACACUGGUACCCGCCGGACCUGCACACACGCGCCUGCGUGGACGAGCUCUUGUCCUGGCAGCACACGGGCAUUCAGAUAUGCAUGAAUGAAUUGCUCUGGAUCAAGUUGCUGAUCCCCAUGAUCUCAGGCCAGCAAGUUUCCGAUUACAAGACACAGCAGGUCUUGUCCGAAGUGAAGACGAGUGUGCAGCAGUUUGAGGAGAAGUUUCUGAAGGACAAGAAGUUUGUCACCGGGGAAUUCAUCUCACUGGCUGACCUGGUGGCCCUCGAGGGCAUGAUGCAGCCCGAGGGGUGCAAAUACAACGUCUUCAACAACAGCAGCAAGCUGGCUGAAUGGCGCGCCCGGGUGGAGUCAAACAUUGGCUCAAGUCUCUUCUUGGAGGCUCAUGAGCGGUUAAUGAACUUGGAAAACUGGGAUUGUUCAUCAUUGGAUCCCGCGGUCAAGGACAAGAUCCUUAUGCUCCUGGAGAAGUACAAGUAA